UUCUAAAGAAGUGGCAUCUUGGCGUGUAACUAGGAACAGAAACCGGCACUCUAUUAUAACGAGUUUGAUUUGUAGGGUUCAACUCUUCGAACAAAAACAAGUUUGAAUUGCGAAUCAAUACGACAAUGUCGUUGAGGUAUGUUAUCGGCUCUAUUUUCAUGCCCAAUUUUCAACUUCAAAACCCUAAUAAAUUCAUUCCCAAAUUUCAACUUCAAAACCCUAAUAAAUUCACUCCAUGUUUUCCUUCAAGGCGGCUAUACUCUCAAUUACAUGACAAUCUUGUUUCUGCGUUCAAUCACUUGCUGCUCCGUCACAAUCCUACUCCUUCUAUCAUUGAAUUUGACAAGAUCUUAGAUUCACUUGUUAAGGCCAAACAUUACUCCACCGCUGUUUCUCUUCAUCGACAAUUGGAAUUGAAGACUGGAAUUCAAUCAAGUUUAGUCACUUUGAGCAUUUUGAUCAAUUGCUUUUCUCAAUUGGGUCAUAUCUCUCUUUCCUUUUCUGUUUUUGCAAACAUUCUCAAAAAGGGUUACCACCCAAAUGCCAUAACUCUCACUACACUCAUCAAGGGUCUCUGUCUCAAAGGUGAAGUUCAUCAAGCAUUGCAAUUUCAUGAUAAGGUGGUAGCACAGGGGUUUCACUUUAAUCAAGUUAGUUAUGGGACAUUGAUCAAUGGUCUAUGCAAAGUUGGAAAAACAAGACAAGCCUUGCAAUUGCUCAGACAAGUUGAUGGGAAGUUGGUUCAGCCUAAUGUGGUAAUGUACACUACAAUCAUUGAUGGUAUGUGUAAAGAUAAACUUGUUAAUGAUGCUUUUGAUUUAUAUUCUGAAAUGCUUGAUAAGAGAAUCUCUCCGAAUGUUUUUACUUAUAAUGCAUUAAUCUAUGGCUUUUGCAUUGUGGGUAAAUUGAAAAACGCUAUUGGUUUGUUACGCAAAAUGAUAUUAAAAAACAUCAACCCAAGUGUGUAUAGCUUUAAUAUUUUGGUUGAUGCUUUUUGUAAGGAAGGAAAGGUGAAAAAAGCUAACACAAUGGUUGCUUCCAUGAUGAAAAACGGCACAAAACCUGAUGUUGUUACUUAUAACUCUUUAAUGUAUGGAUAUUGUAUGGUAAAUGAUGUAUGCAAGGCCAAAUAUAUAUUCAACAGUAUGGCCCAAAUGGGAGUGACUUCUAUUGUUUACAGCUACAACAUCAUGAUUAAUGGAUUUUGUAAGAUUAAAAUGGUCGAUGAAGGCAUGAAUCUUUUUCAAGAAAUGCAUCGCAAAAAUAUUAUUCCUGAUACAAUAACCUACAGUUCUCUCAUUGAUGGUUUGUGUAAAUUUGGGAGAAUAUCAUAUGCUUUAGAGCUUGUCGAUGAGAUGCAUCAUAGAUGUCAACCACCUAAUAUAAUUACGUACAAUUCUAUAUUGGAUGCUUUAUGCAAAAAUAAUCGUCUAGACAAGGCGAUUGCAUUAUUAACCAAAAUUAAGGAGAAGGGUAUUCAACUAGAUAUGUUCUCGUAUAAUAUUCUUAUCAAUGGACUAUGCAAAGGUGGAAGACUAGAGGAUGCACAAAAAGUCUUUGAAGAUCUUUUGGUCAAAGGAUACACUCUUAACGUCUAUAGUUAUAACACUAUUAUCAAUGGGUUUUGCAACAAGGGCUUGUUUGAUGAAGCAUUGACCAUGAUGUCAAAAAUGAAAGACAACGGUUGCAUUCCGGACGCUAUAACAUAUGAAAUACUUAUUCUUUCUCUCUUCAAAGAAAAUGAAAAUGACAAAGCAGAAAAGCUUCUUAGAGAAAUGAUUGCGAGAGGUCUACUAUAAGACUAGAACUUGGUCAAUAGUUUUUAGGUAAAUAGUUAUUUUAUUACUCGUUUUUAUCUUGAAUUUGUAUUUAAACUGUAUGGCAUCAUUUGGUUUUUGUAGUUGCCUCCCCUAAUGAGUAGGGGUGGGAAUAGGCCAGGCCGACUAACAGGGACCUACGGCCCAGCCUACAUAGGCCUAAGUCAGGCCAAGCUUUUUAGAUAAAUAGAAAAGGCCUAGGCUUUUAUAUAAGCCUAUUUAGCUAAAAAGGCUAGGCCACAGGCCACAUAAAAAGCCUUUUAAGCCUAAGAGGCCGGCCUAUUUAAAUAAAUAUGAAUAAUUUUAUUAUUAUUAUAUUAUAUUUUUUAUUUUAAAUUAAAAAUAUAAAAAUAAAUUUUAGUUUUCUUGAAGAAAUUAUGAAAAUAAAAUGAAAAGAAUCUUAUGAACAAUGUCAUAAGUUGUUUCGAUAAGUUCUCUCAAACAAAUAAUAUCACAAAAUUUAUGCUACUAGGUAAACUCAAAUAAACUAAUGCAAACAAACAUUUAAUCUCAUUGAUCUUUUAAUUUGUUAGUCUAUAUAAAGACGAGUUGAAUGACUUAUUUAUAAAUGUUCAAAUGAAAUAGGCUUUUAAGUAGGCUAAUAGGCCAGUCAGGCCUUCAAAAAGGCCAGGCCCAGGCCAAAAAAAUAAGCCUAUGAUAAACUACAGGCCAGGCUUAGGCUUUGAAUAUUAUAGCAGGCCAGGCUCAGGCUUGGCAAAGCCUAGCUCGGCCCAGCCUAUUCCCACCCCUAAAUGAGAAACAAACUUCUGUUAUUGCUGUUUCUUUUGUUAAGUGUGUUUAUAUAUUUCAGAAACUGAGAAUAGGCUGGUGUGGCUAAUAGGCUGUUGGAUAGUACAUUUCUUUUCUAAUAUUCUCUGGAUUCAUUUUCCUGCUCUUACACCAGAUCUCCUGCAUUAAUUGGAAUCCUCGUACCAAGCUCUCUAACACUCAGAUAUUCCUUGUUAGUAGUGUUAUCAAAUAGCGGCGCCAUGGUCACUAUGGUGGAUAUACAUGUCGGUUUUCGGACUCGCCGAAAUGGUAAAAAUCGACCGAUAUUGCAGGUUUUUCCACCAUAAUUCCCUAUAACAGCGCUGCAAAAGCGGCAGGUAUGGUGGGAUUUUGGCUCUCCACCAUGGACCGCCAUAGGCAACACUGUUUUUUAUAAGGGAACUUGAUGUUCUAGUUUUUUAAGGUUUAAAUCAGGUUCAAUUCAUGGGUUUUCAAUGCAAGAAAGAAUUCAAGUUUAGUUCAUGGGUUUUCAAUGCAAUUUCAUGAUCAAAUAUUUACUUAAGUUGUAGAUACUACUAGAAGUAAAUUAGUGGUACUGAAGCGCAAGGAUGCAUGCAGAAUCUGUGUUUCUGCAUUAUACUUAUCUAUGUAGUUUUGAGACCUAAUUUCUUGGUCAAUGGUAAUACCUGAAUUUACUAAGAGUUAGUUUAGUAGGAGAAUGGAUUGAUAAAUAUUGCAGACAACACAUACAAGCUUGAAACACCAAAACCUUUGUAAACAACAUACACAAGCUUGGAACUUAAUUGAAGCAAGCUAAGAAUACCUUAGUGUGUUCAUAUGCCUAAAUUAAAUUGCUGCCUAUUGUGUACCAAAAGUCCCAGUACAACUUCAUAAUCUACUUAUUAAGCAUUGGAGUGAAGUAUUGACUAUUGAGAGCUAGAAAAGUCUUAAAAUGGUUUGGUCACUGGGAAUGUUGUUUAGAAUUUAGAACUUGCAUGCUCGUGGGAAGCUUGAUUAUGUUUUCUGCACAAUUGCUAAUUUUGAUGUUUAAUUUGAUUCUUGGAAAACUUGUUUGGCAUGAUUAAAAUUUUGCUUAACUGAAGUUUAUGUUUCAAUACAUGUGGUGUUACUCAAAGACAUAGUAUAGCAUAUCAUGCAUGCCCUGUACUCAUGCCCAAUUAUGAUAUUGUUUUUGUUACUCUGGUGGCUUAUGAUAUUUUUUGACAGAAGUCUCUUUUGUUAAAGCAAUUUUGUAGUUAGUUAUGGGACCUUAAUCAAUGGGUUAUGUAAUUCAGGGUAAACAAGAGCAGCUCUGCAAUUGCUGAGACAAGUUGAUGGGAAAUUUGUUCAGCCUAAUAUGGUAAAGUACAACAUGAUUAUUGAUAGUUUGUGCAAAAAUAAACUUGUUAAUGGUGCUGCUGCUUUAUAUUUUGAAAUGGUUGCUAAGAGAAUUUCUCCUAAUGUUGUCACUUUUAGUUCUUUAAUUAGUGGUUUAUGUGUUAUGGGUCAAUUGAAAGAUGCUAUUGAUUUGUUAUAAAACUCAUUAGAAAACAUCAACCCCGAUGUCUUUAUACCUUUAAUGAAUUCAAUGCAUUGGUGUAUACUUUGUUUUUAUAAGAAAGCUGGAACAAGUAGAAUUGGUGGUUUUGAUAUCAUUUAAUACAGCUGCCUUCCAGCAUAGGUUUAGAGACUCAAACUAACACCCAGCUGACUAAUACAAAUGCACCAACCACCAAAGUGGUUCUGAAAUUUGCCAAACCGACACAUGAAUGUAAUUGGAGCAAAUAAGCAUGCUAGUGCUUCUGCUGCAAAGCAAGUUUGCAUCCUUAUCAGUGCUUUUGAUUCAUAAAAACUAGCCUCUGGUGGCUGUUCUAUUAUGUGGUUUAUUUUUUGCAAAGGCUUUGAAGUUGUUUGCGGCAAUAGGAAACUAAACUUUAGGAGUUUGUUCUCAUGUAAACAAGUUUUGUGAUUGAAAAUAGAAAUUCAUAUGCAAAAUAGAUAUUUGGUCAAAAGCUACAAUCUAAAUGUCCAUACAUAUAAAUGCUAUGAUCAAGGGAUUUUGUAACAAGGGCUUGUUUGGCGAAGCUCUCUAACUCUCGGAUGUUCCCUGAGUUAGUAUCUGUCUCACAUUGAUUUGCGCAUAGAGCGUGCGUCCAGUGAUUUACUAUAAAGUUUAAAGUUGAUACUCAAACACCAGGUAAUUAGAUGACUUUUUUUUCUACAUAUACUUGUUCUAUCUUUCAACUCGAAUAUGACUUAUUAUUGAAUACUAAUUAUACUAUUACUCCUUUUCUCGUAAAAAACAUAUGAGCUGAGCGUAGCUUUAAUUGAAAUCAAGAUUUCUACCAAAAGAAAAAGAAAAGAAGAAUGCAUCCUUCAGUCCCAUGAUAGUGUGGCAGAUUACUUAUAUUAUUUUGACAAUAGGAUGUUGCUACAUUAGCCUCUAUGUGUGGCAUAUUUCAUAUGCUAGGUGGAUUUCUCUCACUGUUUGAGAGUGUAUGUCUGUUGUUUUAUUAUAGGUGCACAUGUCUUAUUUGUGAAGCAUAGAGCCAUCAAGGAUUAUUUUGACACAGAUAGUUCAAAUACUAUUGUGUCUAUAAAUACAUUAAGUGGGCUAAAAGAUUAUAAUUUUGUUUCCGUAUACUUAUAAUUUUGUUUCUGAAUACUAAUUUUUUGGGUUUGUGUAUUUGUACAUUGUUAUAAGUGUUAUCAUUAUAUAUAUAAACACAGUGUGCUGAUUAAGCAAAGAACAUGUUAUUCAAAUGUUAUUCUUCACGAGUUUCAUUAAUUUUAUUGUUAUUGAAUAUUAUGUUUCUUGAUAUUAUGAUGGAACAUACAGAUUGGAGAUAAAUUAUGAUGACAUGUUAAAUUACAAAAAUAUUUGAAGGAGCACUAUUCAGUAAAGAAUAAAUAUUGUAAUCCCUUGCAUCAUGAAAUAUAAGUGUCCAGUUUGAAAUUACAGCUGCCAGCCUUGUUUUUGUAUCUUCCAUGAAAUACAUAUGGUACUAUGGUAGGCUUUUGCAAUCUCAUAUAUUGUUGUGAUUAUUACACCAUUGUUACUACCUGUGAUCAAUGGGCUGAGUUGUGCAAUGUUAUUUCUCUAGGUAGAAUUUACUAAUUUGGCUCUGAAUGUGAACAAACUGUUGGGAGGUGAGUUGAGUUGCCUCUCCAAGGUACAUAGUUUUGAGUAGGCAUGGCAAAUAAACCCGUCUCCGCCCCGAAAUUAGCGGAGAAAACCCGGUUUAAUCGGGGGCGGAUGCGGGGAAAACCUGGUUUUUAUUUACGGGUGCGGGUGGUACUAGUACCCGCCCUGCACCCUCCAACUAAAUUUAAUUUUAAUAGUUUUAUUACUCAUUUACACUUUUUAAUGUUAUAAUUUCAUGUUUAUUAGAAUUAUUAUUUAUUUUUUUUGAAAAUACAAUUUAAAUAAAAAUAUCAAACAUAGAUUGUCGUCAGGAAUGUGCCCGAUUAAAAGCUUGUCGUCAGGACAUAGAUUGCAAAGCAAUCCUGCGCACGGCUGUCGAAGGAUGCAAGAGUUUGUCAGACAUUGAUAAACAGCCAUUUGUGGAGGAAAGCAAGAAGCUAAAGGAAGCAAUGAUCAUUGACGAUAAAAAAACAGAAGAGCACUCAAGAUCUUAAAGGGAAAGAAAAAAUGCCUAGUAGUUGUGGUGACUACUAUUGUGUAACAUCACAACCUCAAAGAAAUUACUCUUUUGGUAACAAUGCAGCAUUGGACUUGGCUUUUAAAAUUAUAGAAAAGACAUCCAUGGAUCCCUUCAUCAUAUGUGAUUUGGAUGCUUAUCGUUCGAAUGAUUUCAAAAUGUGAUAGCAAGUGGAGAAUACAAAUGACUAUGCUAGUUAUUCGUUAAGUCUUUUUGAGUUUUUUAGACAAUGCUAUUGCCUAUGGCAUCUACUGCUAAGCUGCUAUGCAUAUAUUGUUUUGAAACAGCAGCAACCAAUGUUUGCACUAGUAUGUAUGUAAACUAAAUGUAUAUAAAAUGAUGUUGUUUAUUUUGUUGUACUAUUCUAAUUCAAUAAAUUUUGCUGGAUUGAUUUUACAUGUUGAUCAUGAUAAUGAACUGUUACAAUGAUUAAUGAUCUGCUUAUUAAAGGGGUAGAUCAUAUAGAUUUUCACAGCUUCUAACUAUUUACGAAAUCAAACAUGAUUAAUAAAUUUUCACAAUAUCACUUGUAUACACAUCAUGGAUGUUGACGAGGGUAACAAAGAUUUUCCUAUCAAUUGUUUGAUUAAUUGUUUGUAAAAAUUUAUUGUUUUUUAAGUUAUUUA